GCAUAAAACAUGGUGUUAGUGAAAGUAUUGUAACUAAAAGAAUAUAAACAAUAUUUGUUGAUAGAUAAAGUAUUAUUGGUUAAAAAUCACAUUGACAUACAUAUCCAAUUAAUUAGAAACACCCAAAAUAAAGAUAAAGAGAGAUCACCUGGGAAUCUGGGAUAAUAAAAUCAUAAGAGAUCUCAAACUCUAGACAUCCCCAAUACAAAAGAUGGUAGAAAAUCAGAACUAAAAGUUGAAAGAAUCAAAUUAUUUACCAAUUAUAGUAAGAUUAUGAAAUUACAAAAAUACCCAUCCAAAAUCACCUUAAAACCCCCUUUAAACCCCAAACACAAUCCACCAACCACACCAAACAACCAAAACCCAAAAAAAAAAUUUCAACGGUGAUGCUUGGAUUACUCUGCGCACGCCCAUUAAAGCCUUGGAAUAUAUCACCUCAAACCUUCUCCCUCCACACCCACUACCAUCAAUCUCAUUCUCAAUUGACCAAUAACGUCGCCGAUGGAGCCUCUUCGGUCUCCAUUUGGCGGGUAAAUGUUCCGGCUGCUGUUGCCAGCGGUGAUUGGCGGAGGGAUCACCUCCGCCCCGCAAUCCACCAGCAACGAGGCGAGGGGUCGUGGAAUGUCGCUUGUGAUGCUAGACCUGCUCGUUGGAUUCACCGCCUUGACCUCGCUUAUCUUCUCUAUGGAGUUUGUGUCUAUCUUUCUUUCAAUGAUGUUGUUGCGAACGACGGCGUUGUGGGUGAGAUGGAGACCAUUGUUGGCGUUGUCAAUGAGGCGGAGAGAAUGGUUAGCGAAGAGGGUUGUUCUGAUUUAUUGGAUUUUCGGGUUACGGAGAAGGCGGCAGAGGAUCAACGAGAAAAUGAAAGCACUGCAAAAAUUGAUUCCCAACUCCAAUAAGACGGAUAAGGCUUCAAUGUUGGAUGAAGCUAUUGAAUAUUUAAAACAGCUUCAGCUACAAGUUCAGAUGUUAUGGGCUGGGUGCGGUAUGCAGAGGAAGUUCAGGGGAGAUCCUUUGGUGUGCUGCGUUCCAAAGCUUAGAAAAGUGGGAAUCGAGGGUGGGGGAAGCCAAGGCUGUUUUCUAGGGGCUGCAUAUGGGGAAGGAGACUGACAUGAGGCGUUUGGUGGUGGAGAGCGAUUGUCUAAGUGUUAUCGAGGCACUCCGCAACAAGUCAGAGACUGAGAGGUGUUGAGUUCCUUGCAUUUGGUUUUAGAUGAUACUCCCUCGUUCCUCCACUUUUCAUUUUCGGCCGUAUUAGAGUAUUAAAAUAGAUUAAGUAAUUAAAAAUCGGAUGAAAUAUUAAAAUUUUAUGUUUAGAAUUUUGAUUUUGAUGCUUAGAUUGGUCUUUUGUGAAAAAACGUGGAAAUAAUGUAACACAUGAUAUGGCUUACUUCCAUGAGCCUGGCAAUGAUCGUGGAACGAUGUAAAAAAUUUUAAACAUAGGAAAAAAGAAACUUUAGAACAUAAGUAGACUAAAUUUAGAACAUAGGAAAAAAAA